CAAUGGCAACAUUGCUCUCUGCAACUAGCUUGCAUUACGCACGCACUGUAUGGAUUUAUUUAUUCUACUCGGGCCCGUACGUUUAUUUCAUUACUGUGUGUAUAUAAUAAAGGUAUUUGUACCUUGCUUAUGUUUGAUGUUUGUUUAACCAUAAUCGGUUCACCGGAUCGCUCGGUCACCGGUGUGCGCUGUGAUUUAAAUAAUUCUUCUAUUUCAGGUUCAUAAUGACUAUACACACACUUGUGUUUUUCGAUCUGGAAACCACGGGAUUACCAAAAUCAGAGCGGAACCACGUGAAAAUAACAGAGUUAUGUUGCAUCGCAGUUUCCAGAUCUGAUAUUAUCGAAACAAAAUGCGGCGAUGUUCCUGCAAAUCAAAAGUUAUCAUUGCUCUUUGAUCCCGGCAAAGAGAUUAGUGCAGUCGCUACAGAGUUGACCGGACUAUCAAGAAGAUAUCUAAAAAAUUGUCCUUUAUUUGCUGACAAAAUAGAAACGAUCCUUGCUUUUCUAAACGAUUUAGAAGAACCUAUUUGUCUGGUUGCGCACAACGGUAACUCCUUUGAUUUUAAGGUUUUGAUGACGGAGUUUUUGAAUGCUGGGAGGAGACUACCCUGUAACUUACUCUGCGUUGACUCGUUAGUCGGCUUCCGAAAGAUCUUAAAAGAUAAUCAAAUAAAUUAUAGAAGUUUUCACUCCAGUUUUGACGACGAUAUUAUAACGGACGACGACGAUGAAGAUUUCCCUGCACUGAAUAUAAGUAACGAAGAUUGGAGUGAAAUAGAUAAGCUGAGUAUGUCUCUGUCUGACAUGGCCGUUAAGAAGGAUCAUUCCAAUUGUUCUACAAAUAGUCCGUUAAAGUUAUCAACAAUUUAUAAACGUUUGUUGAAUAAGGAUAUAACUAAUGCUCAUAGAGCUGAAGCAGAUUGUUUGAUGUUAUUAGAAUGUGUUGUGACUUUGAAGGACCAAUUUUUACACUGGGCUGACGCUAGCUGUAAAUUAAUGGAUAUAGUCAAACCAUUUGUACCAUAUAAUCGUGAGGAAAUGUUAAAAUAUAAAAAGACGAAGAAAGUAUUUGAAAGUAAAAACUAAAAACAAACGAUAAACAAAGAUAAGAGAUGAAAAAUAUAGAAUCGAAUAGUGACCUAUUAGAUUUUUAAAUGUGACUUAAUCAAAAAUUACAGUGUUUGAUUUUAUAUAUAGGUAUGAGAAUUUACUGUAAUGUUUUUAUAUCUGUGGAAUUAACGUAGAGUUUGUAAAAUACCAAAUAAAUCGACAAACUAUACAUACAGCUAAUAAAUAUAUUUUA